UCAAUCCCCAAAGUUGCUUCGAAGUUCAGGUUGCAGUUUUAUAGCGCGCGUUCCUAGUGCAAAAUCGAUCGGCGAUGGAGCAGGAUUGCAGUUACGCAAAUGUCUUUCUACAAGUAAUCGGUGCGUUAGUUUUAGUUGCGUGGAUCUAUCGUACCUUUAAAUCAGGACUAGCAAUCGUUUGGGGAUCCUUGAAGGACUUGGUUCUUAGAAGAGAUUGGAAACAAAAAUACGGAAAAUGGGCAGUUGUCACCGGUGGAUCGGAUGGAAUCGGACGUCAGAUCAGUAUUCUCUUGGCCAAGCAAGGUUUGAAUAUAAUCAUUAUAGCUCGACCGGACGAUAACCUCCAGACGACGGCCGAUCAGAUCGCAUCUGAUUAUGGGGUUCAAGUGAAAACAGUCGGGGUAGAUUUUGCAAAUGGCUGGCAGCUCUACAGCUUUAUUCAGAAAGAGCUGGAUGGAUACGAUAUUGGUGUUUUGGUUAACAAUGCAGGAAUCCUUCUUAAAAUUGAUUCCUUCGAAAAUAUUGCCUACAAUGAGCAUCAAACGAUGGUAAAUGUAAAUAUAAAUGCGGCUCUCAUGUUAACCCACAUCGUGACUCCUUAUAUGAAAAGUCGCCGGAAAGGACUGAUCGUAAACAUUGCCUCGAUAUCCGCCUACACCCCGGCGCCUUUCGCUCUUAUGUACGCAGCCACUAAAUCCUUCAUCUACAGCUUCAGUCGAGCACUAACAGUUGAGCUCAGAGAUAGUGGAGUAAAAGUGCAAACGAUAACGCCAUCUUUCGUGGAGACCAAACUGACUAAGAAAAUGCAUACCUCGCAGCUUUAUCAUCUGACAACAGUGCAUCUGGAUUCGUUUGCCAACUCUCUUGGGAUUGUCAUCGGAAAAACGGAACUCACUACCGGUCAUUGGUAUCACGCCGUCCAGCACACCCUGAGCUCUUGGAUACCAAUAGAAUGGCGAAUGAAACUGUUCGAAAAAGUUUCGAUGCCCGUGAUAAACGGUGAAAAUGUGAAAACCAACUAAUUACAAUAAAACCGGGAUUGAUUUCUUGAA